AUGCUGGGGGAGCUCCUCUCCAGGAUCCUGCUGCUGCUGUUCGGGUACGCCAUGCCGGCGUUCGAGUGCUUCAAGACGGUGGAGGCGCGCCCCAACGACGCCCACAUGCUCCGCUUCUGGUGCCAAUACUGGAUCAUAGUGGCCAUGGUGAUAGCCGUCGAGAGCUUCAUCUCAUGGAUGCCAAUGUAUGGAGAAAUCAAGCUUGCUUUCUUUGUUUACUUGUGGUACCCCAAGACAAAGGGCAGCGACAUUGUGUAUGACACCUUCCUCCGGCCUAUGGUGAUGCAGUACGAGCCAAACAUCGAGCAAAGGUUGCUGCAUCUGAGAGCUAGAUCCGGGCAUCUGCUCUCGUUCUACAUGAAGAACUUCGCUGACAAAGGGACGACCUUCUUCAUGGAUGUUCUGCGAUAUGUCGUCUCUGACGAACCCCAAGCAUCAAUUUCAGAGCAGAGGAACAAGAAGUCGUCCGGCAGUACAGGGUGGAGCCCCUUCGCCACCAAACGCCGGCCGCCGUCGCCUCCGCCACAGGAGUCCAUCUUCGGUUGUGGCCCCGUGGACCUCGACGCGGCAGCCGUGGCCCAAGUUAUCCGCUCUUCGUUGGCCAGCGCCAAGCCGCCCCGGCGACAGUACAGUGGCAAGUAUUGACGAUCCGGGAGCACUACUUGCUUUCAGUUUUAGGGGAUGAUCGUGUACAUAGAUUGGAUCAAACAUCAAAGGAAGGAAGGCACAAGAAAAGCAGAGUACAUAGCAAAUCAUAUCCAAUGUGGAGUAUAAACCUAUGUGACUGUAUGAGGAUGAUAGAAAUUUCAUUUUUCUUUACUGUAUCCU